AUGCUGAAAGAAUUUACCAUCAAUUACUUCAACUCUAUCAAACAGCAGAACAUGCACCUGCAUCAGACGAUUCGUAUUUUCUGUCGCAUCAAGCCAACCAACGCUAAAACAGGGCUAUACGAGGUGACGCUGACGAGGCAAAACGCGCCACACGUCACAUUCUACAUACCAAGAUCAGAAUCUGACGGUUUAGUGAACAACAGACGGGAAGCGUAUCCAUUCAAAUUCAACAAAGUGUUUGAUCAACAGACAUCACAAGAUGAAGUAUUUGAACGAGUAGCAAAGGAGGUGAUAGACAAUGUGUUGGCUGGUUACAACGGCACUAUCUUUGCUUAUGGUCAAACGGGCUCUGGCAAGACAUUUACUAUUACCGGUGGUGCUGAACGUUAUGCUGAUCGUGGAAUUAUACCAAGAUCAUUGUCAUACGUAUUUCUGCAUCAAGAGAAUCAUCCAGAGAAUGUGUACACAACUCAAGUGUCUUACAUGGAAAUCUACAAUGGACACGGUUACGAUCUACUCGAUCCUAAACACGAAGCAUCUAAGCUAGAGGAUCUGCCGAAGGUGUUUCUACAAGAGGACAGUGAGAGGAAUAUCCAUUUACGAAACUUGUCCAUUCACACAGCAAACAAUGAGGAAGAAGCUCUCAAU